AUGAAGCUUCUUGCCAGCCCACUGAUCGCCUUCUUGGCCUUGUCUUCAUGCACUAUUGCCGCUUCCGUUAAUUUGUUUCAAACAGAAGACCCUAUCAGUGUUCAGCUGGCCACUUUGGAGAAUACGGUGGUUAAGGUAAUCAUUACCAACACCGGUGACACCACUUUGAACCUUCUCAGCACCGGAACCCUUCUGGACGAUACGUUGCCUGUUGAGCGGGUCACAUUGUACUCCAACAGUGGUUCUACGAGGGUGCCGUUUGAGGGUGUCACGAUUCAGCUUAACCCAAGUGCCCUAUCUACCGAUGACUUCCUCAGGCUGGAGUCCGGGGGUAAGAGAGAGUUUGCCGUGGAGACUGGUGCAUUCCGCGACCUGAGCAGCGGUGGAAGCUUCGACGUAUUCGCCAACGGCGUGUUACCGUACGCCAAUGAGAACUCCACCGAGCUUGUAGGCGCUUUGAGAUACGACUCCAAUAGACUCAGCAUCUCUGUUGAUGGUACUCAGGCGGCUGCUGCUCGCGAGCCACUAGCGAAACGUACUAUCGUCGACUCCGGCUGCACUGGUGAUCGUCUUACCAACCUCAGGACAGCAUUAUCGAAUUGCCAAAAACUGGCAUCCGGUGCCGCGACAGCAGCCGCAGCUGGAGACAGCAGGCUAGGAACUUUCUUCAAAUCAACAUCAACAAGCGUUAGGAACCAGGUCUCUGCUCGGAUGAGCGCAGUUGCACAGGACUGUGGCACCUCAUCACCAGGAACGACAUCGUACUGUACAGACCAGUACAGCUUCUGCUCGGGGGGAAGCAUAGUCGCGUACACUUUGCCUACGUUGAAUUCCAUCACGUACUGUCCAAUCUUCUUCACUAACACCAUCCCCAUUACGACGGGAUGUAAAACAUUUGAUCGAGGAACUACGAUUUUGCAUGAAACGACGCAUGCUUCGAGCGUUUACAGCCCAAGCACGCAGGAUUUGGCAUAUGGAUAUGAUGCUUCGGUUAAGCUUUCGACCGAGCAGGCGCUGAACAAUGCAGAUUCCUAUACGCUAUUUGCUAACUAUGUGCGUCUAAACUGCGCGUAA